GCAAGUGUCCGGUGCCCUCCCGCGCUAUGGCUCUGCGCCUCUCCGGGCGCGCGCCUGCUUGAGCCCCGCGCCCUCCGCAGCCCGCAGUCCCCGAGUCCCCGCGUCGACGUCCUCACCAUGCACGCGCGCGCCCUGCUCGUGGCCGCGCUGCUAGCGCUAGUGUGGGGCCGGGAUCCCCCGGCGACGCCUUGCCCCGCGCGCUGCGACGUGUCGCGCUGCCCGAGCCCGCGCUGCCCCAGCGGCUACGUGCCCGACGCCUGUAGCUGCUGCCUGGUGUGCGCCGCCGGCGAGGGCGAGCCCUGCGGCCACACGCAGGACGCACCGUGCGGGGAGAGCUUGGAGUGCACGCGUGGCGUGUGCCGCUGCCGCUGGGCCAACCCAGUGUGUGGCACGGACGGCCGCACCCACGCCAGCGUAUGUGCCCUGCAGGCCGCCAGCCGCCGAGCGCUGCAGCUGUCGGGGACGCCGGUGCGCGUGCUGCAGAAAGGCGCCUGCCCUUCGGGUCUCCACCAGGUGAGCAGCCCACGGUACAAGUUCAACUUUAUCGCUGACGUGGUGGAGAAGAUUGCACCUGCAGUGGUCCACAUCGAGCUCUUCCUCAGACACCCCCUGUUUGGCCGCAACGUUCCCCAGACUAGCGGCUCUGGCUUCAUCAUGUCGGAGGCCGGCUUGAUCGUCACCAACGCGCAUGUGGUGUCCAGCAACAAGGCCGUCUCGGGUCGGCAGCAGCUCAAGGUGCAGCUGCAGAACGGCGACUCCUACGAGGCCACCAUCAAACACAUCGACAAGAAGUCGGACAUCGCCACCAUCCAGAUCCACCCCAAGAAGAAGCUCCCGGUGCUGCUGCUCGGCAACUCAGCAGACCUGCGGCCCGGCGAGUUCGUGGUGGCCAUCGGCAGCCCCUUCGCCCUGCAGAACACGGUCACCACGGGAAUCAUCAGCAGUGCCCAGCGGGACGGGAAGCAGCUGGGCCUUCGGGACUCGGACAUGGAUUACAUCCAGACAGAUGCCAUCAUCAAUUACGGGAACUCUGGAGGACCCCUGGUGAACCUGGACGGUGAGGUUAUCGGCAUCAACACCCUCAAGGUCACAGCCGGCAUCUCCUUCGCCAUCCCCUCAGACCGCAUCACACGCUUCCUGUCUGAGUUCCAGGACAAGCACAUCAAAGACUGGAAGAAGCGCUUCAUUGGCAUCCGCAUGCGGACCAUCACGCCCAGCCUGGUGGAAGAGCUGAAGGCCAGCAACCCAGACUUCCCGGCGGUCAGCAGUGGCAUUUAUGUGCAGGAGGUCUUCCCCAACUCGCCUUCACAGCGAGGCGGCAUCCAAGAUGGCGACAUCAUUGUCAAGGUCAACGGGCGCCCCCUGGCGGACUCAAGUGAGCUUCAGGAGGCCGUCCUGACAGAGUCCCCGCUGCUGCUGGAGGUGCGGCGGGGCAACGACGACCUCCUCUUCAGCAUCGCGCCUGAGGUGGUCCUGUGAGGCACCGCCUCCCCCAGCGCCAGGCGCCAGAGCCAGAGCCACAGGAGGCAGAUGGAGUGACACCUCCCCAGGGUCAGGACAAAGGGCCGCUGGUUCUCAUGGGGCCAGCAGCCUCCUCCCUGUGUCCAGGAGCCGAGCCCAAGACAGAGUCUGCAUCUCAGCUUCACUCCCGAGUCCCAACCCAGCGAAGGAAGCCUGAUGGCCCCAAGCACAGGUGCUCCAAAGGGUCUCAGGGACCUAAAAGACUCGUGUGGGUCCCUGGAGCCCACCCUGUCUCAGCGCCCUGUUCUGGCCUGGCCUCUGCUGCAGCUCCUGGCUCCCCACAAACAUCAUUGCUCUGAGCCCGUGCUGGCUUCUCCCAGCAGUUGCAAGUGGCAGGUGGACCCACACUGCAUAUGACAGGGGCUGCCCGCCCCGCCACAGCGUCCCUGAGGGCAGGCCGUGGCUGGCCCCUGGAGGAGUCCAAUCUGACAGCUUGGCCUGGUGCAAGGGCCCAGUGAAUGUCCUCACUGCAGAGCCAUGCCCUGCACCGGCCUUGAGGUGCACCCUCCAGGGGACAGGAAGUGACGGGUGCAUGCCCUGGACCUGGAGGAGCCCUCUUCUGAGGUGACCAUGGGACGGCAGGACUGAGCCGGUCCCGCCUCCCACACAGCCCAGGGUGCAGCCAGUGGGCUCUCCCGAGGACCUGGCGAGCUACUCGAGGUGUACUCGUGAGUUUUGCUGUCCUGGUUCCCCGUGGCUGUACUGUAUGUUUUUCUACUGUAUGGAAUUAAAGUUUACAAGCGCAUGGUGCGCGGCGCUGGG